CUCAGAUAUUCUUACACUUGUGGAGUAUGCAAUUUUAAAACCAAAACGAUUCCAUGUACAAAAUGUACUAAAUAUGAACGUCAUAAUAAUUUUGACAGCGGAUAUAAAAAUGUAGAUGAUAUGAUUAUUGCAUCACAAAGCCAUGCGAAAGAUGAUAGGGAUUUUCUUGAAUGGAUAGAAUUCUCUCAGUUAAGAAUUUUAGAAACAUUGGAUGAAGGAGGAUUUGGAACAGUUUAUAAAGCUAAAUGGCUUGACGGUUUACCUAUGGAUGCAAGUGAUGUUGGUAGAGCUUGGAAUAGAAGUCAUUUUAAUUAUGUUGUCGCAGUAAAAUUCUUUCAUAAUAAUAAAGAUUUUUUAAAAGAGUUUACAAAUAUUUACAAGAUGGUAAGAAAAUUUUCCGAAGAGAACGAAUUUCCAUCAAAUAUCGUUCAUUAUUAUGGUGCUACAUAUGAUUACGACAAUGAGCAUUACGGUAUUGUUAUGGAAUACUAUUCACAUACUUCUUUGAUUAAUCAUCUAACUUAUAAUUGGCAAGAAAUUUAUUGGAUGGAAAAAUUAUAUAUUCUUCGAGACAUUUCCUAUGGGCUCCAUACACUUCAUAGUCAAAACCUAAUUCACGGAGAUUUGCAUAGCGGUAAUGUAAUGAUUGAUUAUACCGAUGAAUCGGAUAUCGCAUUUCUUGGUGAUCUGGGAUUUUGUAGAUUUGAAGAAACCGUGAUAACAAAUAAUUGUUUUAAUGGCGUAAUACCUUUUAUUGCUCCAGAAAUCUUUGAAGGAUUUCCAUAUAGCAAAAAAGCUGACAUUUAUAGUUUUGGAAUGAUUAUGUAUCAUAUUUCAACUAACAAAGCUCCUUUCUAUUAUCGAGCCCAUGAUACUAAAUUAGCCAAACAAAUUUCUAAUGGACUUAGACCAAAAGUUUAUCAAGAAGAUGGAAUUCCACGUUGUUUUGUAAAUUUAAUGCGUAAUUGUUGGAAUUCUGAUGUUAGAAGUCGACCUAAUGCUUACACUUUAUAUGAGAAAUUCAAUUCUUGGAUCGAGUAUAGUGAAGCAUUUGAAGAUAUGGAAUGGAACAUAACUGAGCCAUCUAUUUAUCAUAGAAAAGCUGUUUAUACGAGCCGAUCAUGGUAAGAUUUUCGUAAAAAAAAUUUAUAAUUACAAGAUACGUCGACAUUUAUAUAAUAAAAUUUAAAUUUAGGUGGCAAUAAAAUUUUAUUAUGAAGUUUUUACAAAAUUAUAGUAUAGUAUUUAGUCCGAAUUGCUAAGGAUAAUGGUUCUUUAUAAAGUAUAUUCAUCUACUAUUAAUUAGGAAGGAAAUUUCACUAUUAAUUAUAUACAGUAAUAUGUUUUAUGUUUUAUUUAUAAUUUAUCAAAUUCACU